AUGGUAGUGAGAUAUGUUUGUUUUCAUAUAGAAAAAAAGAGUAAAGACCCAAGUAAGGUGAGUAGAUCCAAGGUUUGGAUUGCGGGACACACUCAUGCUGAUGGCAGACCUGUGAAGCCCCAGUUUGCUGAGACUAUUGAACAAAUACAGUCACUUGACAGUCGGAUGGACUCCACAUCAGCUGCUGAUAACAUAAGGGAAGAUGCUGUGAGCAAGGUUUUGGGAAAAGACAAACCUGGACGAGUAAGGGGCUUUGGUAGAGGGAUUACAGCUAAUAAGCUAGCAUAUCUGCAAUUUAGAGACGCUAAGAUUGCAGAAAUGAAAAGAGAGAUUGAAGAUUUAACGGGGAUGGUGCGAGAAUUAGCUGAGAAGAAGAAAAGUAAUGUUGAUGCUGAAACAUCUGAGAGUAGUGGUGGAUUCAAAGAAGGAGUCAGAGUACAAAUACUGGAUUGGAUUGAAUCAGAGGAUGUUGUUGUUGGUGAAGGAGAAUUCUGCUCUGCUGAACCGAAGUACAAAAUUGGUCGUAUACCAAUUGGUCCUAAUGCAGUGGCUAUCGUAGUUAAGUAUGCACUAAGCGCAUCAGCUUCACUCUGGAGGCCUACUACGGAUGUGUUAACUCUUGAUGAAGCUGUGGGAUACAAGAUAUCUUGGCCAAUGGAUAAAGUGAUUUUGGAUAAGGAUCCAAACUGUUCUGAAGAUUUAUCUAUGCAAAGCAAGGAAGGUGAAUAUCGAAGAUGCAAGAUAUAUGAUUGGACCAAUGAUGAGGACGAGGUCAUUGCUGAAGGUCUCGUGUGCUCUUCAAAAUCCAAAGACAUGGUUAACAACAUACCUCUGGGUCCCAAUGCUGUUAGUGUCGAAGUAGUGAAGGUGUUCAAUGAUCAAGCAUAUUUGUGGAGGCCAACCGCUGAUAUGUUCUUGAUUGGUGAUGCACUUAGCGAGAAAAUAGCAUGGCCAGUCCUAAAGGUUGAAGUCAUGCCUACACCCGCUACAGAAGUAACACCAACUAAAUGUGCAGGAAAGAAAAUAGCAUCACCUUCUAAGCCAGCCAAGAAAAAAGCAGUGAGUCCAGGCAGCACUAGUUCGACCAGAAGUCCGAAGCAGAAGUGCACUCUCUUGGAUUGCAACAACUCUGGACGUAAGGUAGCUGAAGGAAGGGUAGCUUCAACGGAUCCGAAUGAGUUGUGCCACUUUGUACCCCUAGGUCCAAAUGCAAGCAAGGUGUGGAUUGAUGUGGCUAAGAUCGGUGAUGUAAAAUUCUGGAGGCCAAAUUCAGAGAUUGAAUACAUAUCUGAUGCAAUGGUCAUGCUGAAGACACAAAACAGUGGAGUAACAUAUGAAGCCUUUAGCAUGUGUAGAUCAAGUGCAAGAGAUAUGAGACAGGUCGCGGAUAUGAUUACAUACUAUGGAGUGAUAAAGGAGAUUUUGGUCAUCGACUAUCACAUGUUCAAAGUGCCACUCUUUAGAUGCAACUGGGCAAACACAGCGAAUGGUGUGAAGGAAGAAGAUGGCUUCACUCUUGUUAACCUUCAUAUGAACAAAGCAGCCUAUUUGAAAGAUCCAUUCAUUCUACCUUCUCAAGCGAAACAGGUUUUCUACUCUAGGGAGGAUGAUGCUUCAAAUUGGUAUGUUGUUAUGAGAGCACCACCUAGAGGUUAUCAUGAGUUGGAAACAGAAGAGGAUUUAGGUGGUGCUCCUUUACCUGUCCAAGAAGUUGAUGAUAUGGGUGAUGAUAUGGAUGAUGAUAGUAUGUUACUCUCUUUCUUUCUCUCUGAAUUUUUCUUUCUUGUUUCUGAGAUGAAUGAGCUCGACCAGGAAGAAGCAAGGAUUGAUUGGGAGAACGAGACGGGUAAAGCAAAGGUUCUAACGUCUCACACAGAGGAAGAAGAGACUCCACAAGAUUCAAGACAAGAUAGGAUCUCAUAA